GGACGGAGUACGGGCCAUAGCUUAAGCUUCUUCUCCUCCAGACAUGCUUCGUAAUAAAUACAUUCUAAGAACACUUGUGUCACCAGCUCCAGCUCCAUCAUAAUAUAUACGCACUUCACGUCCAUUCAACCACCUUAUUUGUUAUUAACAGCCCCGAGAAGCGCCUCCUCCUCUACUGCAUUUUCAGGUUGUCUGCCAUCGGUGCAGCAGCUGCCCAAGAGUGACCAUGGGUGACCACGAGCAUUCGAACAUCAAGCAUCAGGAACAUUUUCACCUUGACCAACCACUUCUCCGUCUUCCCUACGAGCUCCUGCGGAACAACUUCCGUGCUGCCCACUUCACCAUCGAGAAGGAGAGCACCUCCAUCAAGUCUCUGCUCAAAGAGACAGCGACUGCCUCUGUUAAUGGUCGUGCCACCCCAGAGAAUGUCCUCAAGAAUCUCGAUACCAUGAUCGCCAAAAUGCGAGGCGUGAAACGGAAGCUCACCGCCCAUGCCGACGAAGAGGCCCGCCUAUAUCACCAAUCAUCUGCCCGCAUCGCCCACCUCGGCGAACUCUAUACCAUGAAGACCUACGACGACGUCAACUACGAGAGAUGGAGCCGCAAGCGGCUCGACCGUCUCAUCGUCGACUACCUUCUUCGCCACGGCUGUAUCGAGACCGCCCGAACUCUUACCGAUGAGAAGGGCAUAGACGACCUGGUUGACAUCCACAUUCUUGCCCAGAUGAUUAAGAUUAGGGAUUCCCUGCGGGGCCGCAGUGUUUCCGAGGCCCUCGCUUGGUGUCAGGAAAACAAAAAGGAGCUGCGAAAGAUGGACAGCAACCUCGAAUUCAUGCUCCGCUUCCAACAAUAUAUCGAGCUCGUCCGGACACCGUCACCGCCAAAAUUACUUGAGGCCAUCGCCCAUGCGAAGAAGUAUCUGGUCAGCUACAAAGGCACGCACCCAGAAGAGCUCCGCAAGGUCUGCGGUCUACUCGCAUACCCGCCUAGAACCGCCGGGGACAACGCCGCAUACGCAGAACUCUACAGCCAGGAUCGUUGGAACAUGCUCGCGAAUCUCUUCACCGAGACCCACAACCAGCUUCUCUCACUUCCUCCCAUACCACUCCUUCAUAUAGCCCUCUCGAUUGGCAUCUCUGCCCUCAAGACUCCGGCCUGCCACCAACACACCGCGGCGAGUACUGAAUAUACAGGCAUGAGUACAUCCAUGCAGGAUGCCACCGGCUCUCCGACCCGGUUCCCCGGCAACCGUGAACCAUUCGAUCCAAGCCACCUCCAGCGGCAGCGGAGUCCUGUCCCUGUCCCUACUCAAGCAACAGUCUCCAGUCCCGCCUCGGACUGUCCGAUCUGUUCCACGGAGCUGAACGAGCUCGCUCGCUCAGUACCCUGCGCUCAUCACACUAAGAGUCACGUGGACUCUGACCUCCUCCUUCUUCCCAAUGGCAACGCCUUCGGACUCGAGCGCCUGGUGGCUCACGCCGUCAAGUCUGGACUGCAGCCCACCGAGUACGUCCGUGAUCUCAAGACUGGCGAAGUAUACCGCGCUAGUGAACUGAAGAAAGUUUUCAUCACCUGAAAACUGCUCACGCGAGUCCCUAUGGGUUAUCACUAUCCUUGGCCUGCUUGGCCUAUUUGGCGGCGUUAUGUUUGUCUUAAGCCGCUCAGAUACUUUUAGCACAUAAUUACUACCUGCAAGAUGGGAUGCACAGCCGUUGCACACCAUCCAUUGGGUCAGGCAUGGCGAACGAAAUGGGUAAUGAUGGGGCGUUUUGGGGUUUCCGGGUUUCACCGGGGGCGGGGGUUUCUUUUGCGACAAAAAGAUGCUUGUUUGGAUGGCUUGGAGUAUCCGGAUUCAGCGAUUGACGGCUAUGUUACACUGUUUGGUUCUUAGGUGGUAAAAAUGCGAAAUACGAUUACACACAUGAAAACUCACCCCCGGCGCCCUCAAAUGGAUAUGCGACUCGGUUCUCUCGCUAAAGGACCGUUAGGACGUAGUAGAGACCAGAUAACAGCAGUCAGUUAACUAUCGUAUGUGCCG